CGGAUGACCGUAAAUAUGGAGAAGAGACGGAGCCAAAGUAGCAGACACGCGGAGCCGACGCACGCAGGGGUCGGGGACCUGGAGCCAGACCCCAGCGCCCGCGGUCGCGCCAGCGGUGCCACGGCCGGGCGGGCGGCGCCGGCGCACUCCGGCCACCGAGCCUGCAAAAGGGGCCCCGGGCCGGCUGUGGGUCACCCCGCAGACGACGGACAGCGGGCGCCGCGGUCACCGCCCCGGGGCUCUACAGCCGCCCCGCAGCCCGCCGCCGCCCCGCUCCCGCCGGACCUCCGCCCGGAGCCCCGGAGGCGCCCGCUCUCCACGGCCGCGCGGCCCGGCUGCAUGGAACCCGGCGCGGUGCCCCGGCCGGCCGAGCCCGCCGCGGCGCGGGAAGCCGCCGCCCGCUACGGCGAGGGCAGGAAGAAGAUGGCGGCGGCCGUGGCGGCGGCGAUCUCGCACGCGCAGCUGACGCCAAUGGCGCGCGCCGGUCGGCGGACCGCGGAUGGCGGCGGCGGCGGCGGCGGCGGCCCCGGCUCCGGCGAGGGGCGGGGCGAGGCGGGGAGGGGGCCGGCCGGAGGCGGAGGCCCGGCCAGAGGCUGGAGGGAGGCGGCGGGGACGGUUUGUUGUGCUCGGAACAUGGCGGGCGUCGGCGACGCGGCCGCCCCCGGAGAAGGCGGCGGUGGCGGCGCGGACGGCCAGGAGCGGGAGGGCCGCGGCGAGGCGGAGCAGCCGGGCGGGAGCGGCGGCCCGGGGCUGCCGCCGGCGCCUCAGCACACGGAGACGCUGGGCUUCUACGAGAGCGACCGGCGGCGGGAGAGGCGCCGCGGCCGCACAGAGCUUUCAUUGUUGAGGUUCCUCAGUGCUGAACUAACAAGAGGGUACUUCCUCGAACAUAACGAGGCCAAGUAUACAGAAAGAAGAGAAAGAGUGUACACUUGUAUGCGAAUACCAAGGGAAUUGGAAAAGCUGAUGAUUUUUGGAAUCUUUCUGUGCCUGGACGCGUUUUUGUAUGUGUUUACCCUGCUUCCUUUAAGAGUUUUCCUGGCGCUAUUCAGGCUCCUGACUUUGCCUUGCUAUGGCUUAAGGGACAGGCGUUUGCUGCAACCUGCCCAGGUGUGCGACAUUCUGAAGGGCGUCAUCUUGGUGAUCUGCUACUUUAUGAUGCACUACGUCGACUACUCCAUGAUGUACCACCUGAUCAGGGGUCAGUCCGUCAUCAAGCUCUACAUCAUCUACAACAUGCUCGAGGUAGCUGAUCGGCUGUUUUCAUCAUUUGGACAAGAUAUUUUAGAUGCUCUCUAUUGGACAGCAACAGAGCCUAAAGAAAGAAAAAGAGCCCACAUUGGGGUGAUUCCUCACUUUCUCAUGGCUGUUCUCUAUGUCUUUUUGCAUGCAAUCCUUAUAAUGGUUCAAGCAACAACUCUCAACGUAGCUUUUAACUCACACAACAAGUCGCUGCUUACCAUCAUGAUGUCUAAUAAUUUUGUUGAAAUUAAAGGAAGUGUUUUCAAGAAGUUUGAAAAGAACAACCUCUUUCAAAUGUCAAACAGUGAUAUUAAGGAACGAUUCACAAAUUAUGUGCUUUUGCUGAUAGUAUGUCUAAGAAACAUGGAACAGUUUUCUUGGAACCCAGAUCAUCUCUGGGUAUUAUUUCCAGAUGUCUGUAUGGUAAUUGCAUCAGAAACUGCUGUGGAUAUUGUAAAACAUGCCUUUAUUACCAAGUUCAAUGACAUCACUGCAGAUGUGUAUAGUGAAUAUCGAGCCAGUCUUGCUUUUGACCUUGUUAGCAGUCGACAGAAAAAUGCGUAUACUGAUUACAGUGACUCGGUAGCUCGGAGGAUGGGGUUUAUUCCUCUUCCACUAGCUGUUUUACUCAUCAGAGUUGUAACAAGCUCAAUUAAAGUGCAAGGAAUCCUGUCUUAUGCCUGUGUCAUACUCUUCUAUUUUGGGUUAAUAUCCCUGAAAGUUCUUAAUAGCAUCGUGCUAUUGGGCAAGUCAUGCCAGUAUGUGAAGGAAGCCAAGAUGGAGGAGAAGCUGUCCAACCCGCCCCCUGCCAGCACGCCGGGCAAGCCGUCCAGCAAAUCACAGAGCAAAUGCAAACCCUCUCAAGGACUUUCCAAGGAAGAAAACCUGUCUGCUUCAGUCACCAACCAGCCUGUUCAUCAGAAGGAAAGUGUCAUACCGUUACUUGUGACAAGCAGUGCUGACCAGUUCCUGACCACUCCCGAUGGUGAUGAGAAGGACAUAACGCAGGAGAACUCUGAUUUAAAGCACAGAUCCUCAAAGAAAGAUCUGCUAGAGAUAGACAGGUUCACAAUCUGCGGAAACCGCAUUGACUGACCCUGGGCCGGUGCGUACCGUGCUGCCGGGACGGACAGAUGCUAAACGUGGCACUUACAUAUUUAUUUAAAAACUUAAAUUAUUAUUGGCAAGCAAAUCUUGGUAUCUUUGUCCAGUAAGGUGGUCUGGCUGAGGGUCAGAUCACGGCAUCACACCGAGCUCCAGCCUUGAUUCUGGGAAACUUGAUGGAUCAUAAACCUCCCUCCUGCCUGGCCAGGCAGCAGCGUCACUUCCAGACCCAACCGAAGCAACAGCAAAAUCUGUUUUGCUUUGUCAAUCUGGGCUUCCAGAACAUCAAAUUUUGCCUCCAGCCCUCUUGGUAUGAGGAUAUACCUGGGAAACUGUGAAGCUUUUACCAUGAGUCAUCCUUCCUGCCUCAUGCUAACUUCACAAACAACUUUCAGACUUUACUUCAUCUGCCAAAGCAUUACAAAAAUUAUUAAACAUAAGUCAAGAUAAAUGGUCUUACCACCAGAAUAAUCCUUGAAGAUGUGUCUGAAUUAAUCAGAAUAAAAGACUACCUUAAAUAAGACACAUUUUAUAGGAAAGAAAUGCUAAACCAGUUUAUUUUAAAAAAUUUAAUGAAGGUUAAGCAUCACUGGGAAAAUGUUUCAUAUUUUUCAGUUUAUUCUUUGAAGCAAAAUGUGAGCUUUGUGUCGUUUAAUUGCAGUGGAUAAAAUAGAAAUUUCCUCAAAAAGGCACUUUUUAUACCAAAAAAGCAGAGCAGUGUUAACUUUAAGGUAUACUUAACUGGUUCCGCUUUAAAACUAAUUGCUUCAUAAAUUAUCACAGCUAACAGGAUUUGGUCUUAGUCGAGGAUGAAAAAUUGUCAGUAUACAAAAUUCAAAACUGUCACCUUUAACUGGAUUUUUUAAAGUAAAUAUUCCAAGUGGACUGGACAACAUCUUGCUCGGGCUUGUAAGAUGUGCUAGUCCUUCUGUUUGGGUGGUCGCUGAGAGUGCCUGUGACAAGGUGGGGCGUGGGGAUGCCACUAUCAGGGUGGCCUUGCGGGGUGAGGCAGGCCAGGUGGAGCGGGCCUGUGUGAUGGUAAGUGGAGGGUGUCAGGCAAAUGGGGGCGUUUGGGUAUGUUGGGAACAACAACCAAAUGGUGCUUUUGGUUUUGUUUGAGAUCCAGAUUCCAUUUCUCUUUAAUUACUAGUAUGUGGCCUACAUCACAGGACAAAUUAUUUUCUACCCAUCAUAUCUUGAGAAUCCUUUCUGUAGUUCUGUAAAAAUCUCACUAAUUUCUGUUUUCAAAACUGUCCAGAAGACGAUACUGUUAACUAUUCAGCCCUCAUGCCUGUGUUCCAGGCAUAAGUACUGCAAAUACGCAAUAGGCAAAUUCUAGCUGAUCUAUUUGCUGGGUGAAAUAUGGAGCAAGCUUUAAUGUUUUGCUUUGUUCAUGAAAUACAAAAGUGAAUUUUAAUGUUUUGCAUUAACUAAAGAAAUCUGAAAAUGGAUGUUGAGGAAAUUGUACAGACAUGCUCUUGUGAAACCAGGAAGUAUUUUAAGUUAAAAAUGAAGAGACUGAAUUGCUUUGUGUGUGUUUCAGUGGAGCCCUAUUUUAGAAUUAUUCUUUUUUCCAUCUCCUUUUCACCAACAAAAGGAAAGUGCCCGAGGUGAAUGGGAACAGGUUGGGGAAAACUUUGCCAAACAGAGGCCUAAUCAGAGCAAGAACAUGGUUUGUGUCUAUCUCUUUAAAUUCUGCUCGAAUUAUUCUGUUACUGUGCUGUUGUUUCUGGAAGAUUCUCAUUUCCUUUGCAGAUGCUUUUGGGAGUUCAGGAUGACGUUCAUUUCUUCUGUUAUAAUGGCAUUCAAUACUAAUUUUAUAAGUGCAUCUUGUGUGAAACUCAAUAAAUUCAAUUUUGUAAUCUUUUUUAAAAA